AUGCCUCCGGCAAAGGGAUCCCGUGGUGGUGCCGCCAGCGGCAACAAGGCCCCCGCAGACACCGGCCGCGUCCCCACUACGCAGGCCAAGGCGGGCAAUAACGCCGCCAAGGACCCCUCCCCCGCACGCCCCCAGCGCACCGCUGCCAACGGCAGCGGUCCUGCGCCCCCCAAGGCUGGCGCCAAGGCCCCCAAGGCCUAG